CACACACGCGCGUUACGGGUUACUGCCUCCCAUUUGCCAUUUUCCCAGGCGCGCCGCACCCGCGAUCGCAACUGUUGGCGCUGGAGAUAUCUACCGUCAAUCCGUCACGGUCUCCUUCAUCGUCUCAAAUGAACCAAGACCACAACAAACACCAGCCGCUGUCGCUGUCUCCCCGAAACUUGGGGAUGGACGACCUCCGUGACUUUUGUGGCCCCCUCGGCGCGUUCAAGACGGGCUUGACUCCCCGUUUCUCGACCGGCCUCACGCCGCGAACAGGAUUCACUCCGCGCACAGGAUUCACACCUCGAGAUUACAUGAGUCGACACGGAGGAUUCCCGUUGUCCCCUCGAAGUGGAGGUCUCGGCGGCAUGGGCUUUGGUCAGCCCCAUAUGGGCGGUGGAGGUUACUCGCCGAAAGCACAAAGCCAGUCGAUUCUCAAGGGCCGAUACCAAGACCCAAUGUCGGGUAAACCGGAACAACACCAAGGACACAUGAACCCAGACAUGAUGCACCCCCUUAUGUAUGAAUACCUGAACCGCAGCCAACAGGGCCAACACAACGGUCCUCCCCACGGUGUGUCCAUGAUGCAUCAUGCGGGCCAACAGCCUCAAAUGUCGACGUCCAUGACCAACGGCCACCACUCGUCCAACAUGUCGAAUGGAGCGAGCUCUCCCACUGGGUCGGACAACUUGGACAAGCAAGACGAGUUGGACGCCCGCCGCCGACUGAAAAACCGUGAACGUGUGCGCAAGUGCCGUAAGCGUAAGCAAGAUCGCUUGAACUUUUUGGAGGAUCGCAACAAUGAACUCGAGAAAGAAAACGGCGAGCUCAAGACCAAGAUCAUGCGUCGUGGUGAUGGCAGUCCUAUCAACAAAGCCAUGACGGAAGAAGCGUUGCUGGAGCUUCGGGCGAAGCAGACGAACACGUUGCAGCUCGCUCAAGCGAUCAUCAACGAAGGCAUGAUGUCGUUCGAAGCCUCGGCGAAAUCCGUGUGGACCCCCAAUGCCACCAUUUUGGACGGUGUCACGGGCGAAAAGCUGACCAACAUUGACGUGAUCAUCGAGAACAAGAGGAUUUCCGCCAGUGUUUUUUCCAACUAUAAGGUCAAAAACUUCUCGGCGGACUGGCAAGCCCACGACAAAGCCAUGAUCAAGUGGGACAUUGAAGCGUCGCUGCGGCCGAACGCACCCAGCAGUAUUGCGUUGAGCUCUCCGUUCCAUCAACUGGCGCCUCAUUUCAACAACGAAAUGUUCCCCUUCCACAUGGUGUCGCAUGUGACGUUCAGCGGCGACAAGAUUGCGGAGGAAGUCCGGUUUGUCGACGUGGCCAAGUUGAUCUCGGUUGUCAUGCAAAAGCAGCGCGACCCGUCCAAGAUUGUCGAGAUUGUCCAAGCGGUGGCGUCGACGUCGUUGUAGAGUGUGUGCUCUUGCGGUAGUAAUAGAUGCGUGUAAAAACCAAUCAAAGUGUGGUUGUGUCUGCGAUCGAAGCAAGGUCACAAAUCCCACCGUGCCAGUCCU